AUGAACCGCGAAAUGAAGGCGCUUAGAGCUGGGUCGAUGGCGGCCACCUCCUGUCCGGCCAACAUCUCUGUUGCGGGAGCCACGGUGGACCUCCCCCCCGAUCAGAGGAAGCUGCUCGCUGAUGACAAGCAUCCGUUCACGGCCCGUUGGUUCGACUUCGUCGCUUGCGUGAUUGUCCGGAGGUUUUUGGAGAAAGAGGUGCAGGAGCACGUCAGGGUCGUGACGAGCGAUGUGGUCGCAGACAUUGUCACGGGUCGCGAUGAGGCUGUCAAGGCCUUUGCCGGUGACGCGACGUCGUUGAAGGGCUCCUGCGGCAACCUCGCUUGUCUGUUCGCGUUAGACAAGACCCUUGCUCCGUUGGACGCGGUUGCUGCCAAUGGAUCCGGGCCGCAAUUCUCGAGGCCUACCGCGAAGACUCUGAAUGCACUGCGGCAUGACGCCCACCAAACCGCCGAAGAGCUCGCGUUCAACUUGAGCGUGGAUUUGCCGCGACACAAGCACGGCGGUGAAGCUGAGGGGGCUGAAUUGGGGAAGAUGCAUGAAGUGACAACGGGUGCGCGGGUUGCUGACCAUGGUGUACUCGCUCUCACAGGUGCCGCUGGUGUUUCGAGCCGCGGAGGUGCUCGCGGCGGGACGGCGGUCCACGCUGAUGACGAUGGGGCAGACGAUACCGCGACUAAGGGUGCACCCCGCGAUGACGCUGACCGCACUGUGGCGCGUGAGGGGGAAGAGUCAAGCGAGGAGGAGGCGGAGGCACACGUGGUCGCGGCCGCGGCAGCCAACAGGCCCGCUACAUCCGGCAAGAGCAUCAAGCACCUCGCGCAGCACUUGGCCCCCGGUGCUGGAAGCGCGGCCCCGAGUGGUGAGGUCGCGGGCAAGAGUCCCGUGACAUGUGCGCGUGAUCACGCGUCCCUUUCCGCAUUGCCCUCGCAUAGGCUUGCUGCCGAGAUCCUGCAGCUUGACUGCAGGCUUGCAGCGCAGGCGGAAGAGAUCGCACGGCUGAAGAUACGCCAGGAGUCGGGGGUUGGAGGGGUCGCGGUCGUGGGCUCCGAGGAGCUCGCGGCCGCGCUGUCUAAUGCGGUUCGGUUGCUGGAGAGGGAGGCGAGGGCGCUCGCGCAGGAAAGGGCGGCCCUGCUGGACACGCCGGCCGCGGUGCGCCACCCGAGCGUGCAUGACAUCCUCAAGAACAAGUGGGGCGCUGCAUCGCGAGACGCUGCACCGCCUGGUCAACCGGGGUCGAGCUCGCGCUCCAUCCCACCUGGAGAAGCUGCACCCAAAGCACCGGGCCCUGCCGGGGCGACCGCGACAGUGACAACCACUGCGGGUAAGGGCAAGGGUAAGUUGGAGGAUGGAGAGGUGCCGGCCGCUGUGGGUUCGCUUGCAGCGGGGCGUGAGGAGCAGUCCGCGGCGGCUGCUGCGGCGGAGGGAAGGCAGACCGCUCUCGCACCCGCUCAUCCCGCGAUUACCGCGGGUCAUCUGCACAGCGCGCUGGCAUCUGCAGGUCCGAGCGCUGCCGCGGGAGAGGCCAAGACGGAAAAACGCGGGCGAGGCAAGAAGUUGCCCCCUCCACCCGUGUACACCAUCGACAAGGACGAUGCGGACGAGGAGCUCGAGAAUCUCGCGAGCCGGUGGGUCGGGGAGGAGGGCGACGGAGGAGAGCAGGGUGUGGUGGACGCGGUCGAACUUUUUAGCGGCGGGGAGAGCGCGGACGAGCAGGACGCAGACACCGUGGUCGUGCCCAGUGGGCCAACGGGGGGACAGGGUGACACAGUCAGCAAGCGCAAAGGCUGUGGUAUCCGCCAUCCUCCUAGGGGCGGUCCUGGCUUGGUUUCUGAACCGCAUCUGGGGGGGAAGAAGCGGUGGCUUGGACAAGGCGAGCGCGACGACCUGCAGUACAAAACCGCGAUCGCGAUGAUGCCGUACGACCUGAAGGUGGAUCCCGGGCUGCACCUCAGCUCUAAGCAGAUGCGGGAGUGGGCCGCGGACCUGUCCGCUGCCGAGGGGCUACACACAAGCCUCCUCAUCACCAUGCAUCACCGCAACCUCGUGGCCAGCAGGGAAAGGUGGACCCGCAUGUUCAAGCACUACCGCGAGCUGACCCAGCCCGGAUCGACCACCACCAACGAGAUUGCAUGGGCCGCGGUGGUGGGCACGGAGGCUGCAGCAGAAGAGACGGAGCUCUACCGCGAUGUGGAUCCGAGGGAUUACGCGGGAGCGAUCGCGUGCGCGAUCGCAAUGGUGUGGGAGGUGACGUGCGGUUCGGCGGUCUCGACCGCGUCGGAUUCUGGCAAUUUGGCCGCGCGAGCGGUUAACUGCCAGAGGGAUCGAUGCCGUCUGUUCCCCGUUGUAACCGCGUACGUCAUCAGGGCUGUGCGGCGGCGCAAUUCUCGCGAGAAGCAAGCUGGUGACGAGGAGCCGAAGGUAGUCGCGGAUCCGAGGGUGGUCGCGGACGCGAUUGCAUCUGAAGUCGUGAACGACGUCGUCGCCAAGUCUCGCGACCUCAGGCACAUUGAGAUGGCUGCUCGCGAAACGGUGGACGUUAUCAUCACCUGGUGCGACUGCUCGGUUGCGGGGAAGGUCAUGGAGUCCAUUGGGCUUUACCUUGCCCUGCCCAAGGAUCGACUAAAGAAGCGGACUUGA